AAAUGACCCACAAGGAGGGCGGUUCUACAGCUAAUGCGUUACUGUUGACGUGUUCUUUGACAAUUUAUACUGUAUAUGUAUUAAAUCAGAUGGAAUUCAAGUGUAACUAGCGAAUGUAUCCAAACUCGAAUAGGCAUUCACAUUCUCAGUACAACUAUGGGGCAUAUAAUCCACCUGAUUACAAAUCAUCAACACCUAUCUAUGAUGAUCAUGAACGUUUAAAUUUUGAACUGGUUGAAAAAGUACAUGGUUUGCGUAGUUUGUCAAUAAAAAUAGGCGAUGAAUUACGAUCACAGAAUAAUUUACUCGGUGAUAUGGCUGGAACAUUUGAUCACUCAGAAGGUGUACUACGCUCUACAAUGUCACGAUUAUCUCGUAUGGCUAAACAGAAUUUAUCGUCUAGUUUAUAUUGCUAUUUAAUUAUAUUUGUGUGUAUUAUAUUCUUUAUGUGUUGGUUUAUUCUUCGAUUCUAUUAGUCAACUGAUUUUUUUCUUUAACUAUUGAGAUGUGAAUACUGUGAUUAUUUCUUUUUUUCAAAAUAUAAAUAUAUUUAUAUUUUAUGAU